AUGGCGAGUAACAUACCAGCUGGACUCCGAUCGGUAGACCUUGGGCGAUUUGCAAUCAGGGCAGCUCAAAUCGAGAAGGCCAAACCUGUGGUUGCCUACUGGUGCAAUUUCCAUAUUGUAAACCAGAUUAUCGAAAGGGGUCUUCACAAUUCCGAUGACGAGAUCAAACUCUACACAACAAACCUCGUGGAAAAGCUGGAGCAGUUCAAAAUAGAAAAUCCAGACAAUGAUACAGUGACAGACACUGUUGCGGCGAGCGCCUAUGUCGAACAAUUUGGAUUGGAGGUCUUCGGCCGUGCAGAGGCCGCUAUGAACGCCAACAAAGUUACAAAGCAAACGGCAGAUACUUUCCAGGCUGCGGCCACUUUUCUUGAGCUUUGUUCGAUCUGGGGGCCCAUGGAUCCAGAACUUGCUGGACGGAUCAAAUUCGCCAAAUUUCACGCAGUCCGUAUCGUUAAGGCUUUCAAAGCCGGCGAAAAUCCUAACGCGACUAAUCCCACGCCAAAGCAGGAAGAAGAACUUGUCGACGACCCCGACGUUCAGGCAUUUGAUGAGUCGGUAGCAGAGCAGGCCUCCAAGCCAAGACAAGCCUCUAUCGAAGAGAUCCCAGACGAGUCCGACCGUUUUGGACGAGAGCUGGCUCAGCUUUCGACUCUCGAUGAAUCGUUUCAUCCAUCACGCACAUCCUCAACACCUCAUACCCCGCCCAAGAUCCCUUCUGUUCCUCGCAACGCACCUGGUUUUCCCCCGCAACCAAUGGAUGAUGAUUCAAUCACGGGCGGCUUAGAGCUUCCAUCAACUCCAGCGACCAUUGGCGGGUUGUCCUCAGCACCUAAGCUUCCAGAUACCCCGACUGCAUUUCAGUCCUUCCCUCCGCCAUCUGAGGAUAUGUCCAUCUCCACGCCAGACCAGGCCUCUUUCUAUGAUACCCCAAGUGCUAGUGCACCCAUCCAGCCUCCAGUUGCUACGACACUUGCUCCAUCCCCAGCUGCCCACGCUCCGGUUGCAUCGGCUCCCUAUGUUCCGUCUCAGCCAUCACACGGAUUAGACGACAACGCUGUGCAGUUGGCGCAGAAGCACGCUCGUUGGGCGGUCUCUGCUUUGACUUUUGACGAUGUCGAUACCGCUAUCAAGGAACUCAGAAACUCGCUGAAGUGUCUAGGCGCAUCAUGA